UAUAACCUAAAAUAAUAAGCUUAUUACUUUUACAACUCUUGAAUAAAAUAAUAUUGGAAGAAUAGUCUACAAAGCGCUCAUUAAAAUUUAAUUCUGUUCGUUCUCCGCGUCCAACCAGUCCCCCGCCCCGCCAGUCUCGCGGCUACAACGCCCGCGAAUAGUCGCAGACACGGGUAUUUCGUGUCACUUUAUUGUCGGUGUUAAAUUGUACCAAAAUUAAUUAGAAAUAGUGUGAUUUCGAAAAAACAAACACCAUGGAUCCCGAAGCCUUCUUAGAUUUGGCCAACCAGGUCAUAAAGUUGAAAAUGUAUCCUUAUUUUGAUGUCGCACAUUCUUUACUGUGCGCCUUAGCAGUCAGAGAAGAUUUAGGAUCUGGGGCUCAAGCGUUCUCUCGAAAGCAUCCCCUGGCAUGUUGGCUUUCAACGAUGUUAGUGAUCUUCGCGGGUGGGAUGGUGGCCAAUGGCCUGCUCGGCGAGCCCAUCCUUGCCCCGCUUAAGAACACGCCACAACUCCUCAUUGGAACAGUUACAUGGUAUUUAGUAUUUUACACGCCAUUCGAUGUGGGCUAUAAAGUGGCGAAGUUCUUACCGGUGAAAGUAACAGCGGCUGCUAUGAAGGAGAUAUAUCGCGCGAAGAAGGUUUACGACGGUGUCAGCCAUGCCGCCAAAUUGUACCCCAAUGCGUACAUCAUUAUGGUUAUUGUCGGAACAUUGAAGGGUAAUGGAGCUGGCUUCACCAAGCUGAUCGAGCGCUUGGUUCGCGGCGCGUGGACCCCUACUGCUAUGGAGACCAUGCAGCCGAGCUUCUACACAAAGGCAUCUCUGGUGGCUUCAGUGAUCUUUGUUCUGGACAAGAAGACGGAUUUGAUCUCGGCACCUCACGCCCUCGUCUACUUUGGAAUUGUUAUUUUCUUCGUGUACUUUAAGUUGUCAUCAAUUCUGCUGGGCAUACACGAUCCGUUCGUGCCGUUCGAAAAUCUGUUCUGCGCGCUAUUUAUGGGCGGUAUUUGGGACUCGCUCGCCAAGCUGCUCGGCAAGGGACAGCCGAAAGAGGAGACCAAGGAUACUAAGAAAACUAAUUAGUGGACGUACAUCGAUGAAAAUACGCCUUCAAUUGACACCGACAAUACAGAUUGCGACGAUAUUUUCUGCACGAUCAAAUACAAUAUCGGUAAUACGUAAUUAUUGUAUUUGAUCGAUAUCAGAAAAAGAAAAUAUAAAAGUGUUAAAAAAAUUGAAAAAUAUUUAAAACAUUUAAAAAAAUGGCACAACGACCAAUGUUAAAUUUUAUUAAUUUUAAGUUUGACUAGUCAUAAUAUGAUUGUUACAUAAGCUAUACGAGGGAUAUCGUACGAUUUUAACUUUGUGUGUGAUUUUGCACUUUUUAGUUCCUGAUUAUCCAAAGGUUUAUUUUUAAAACCAGAAGCCCAGCUUGCCAGUGUUAAAUAAAUGCCAAAUUAGUAUUAAAUAAUAUUAAUGAAUUAUUAUAUAAUGAUGUAAAUGCAAUAAAUAAUAAUACAUUUGAAUUUGCUUACAAUUUUCUGACAUAGUAAAUAGUUUUAUUUAUUUCAUGUUUAUUUAUUGUGUUAAAAAUAAUUUCGAGCAUUGAGUUCAUAUUUCUAAGUUAAGUUUUAAUAUUCGACCGAAUUACGAUAUUUCCGACUUCCUUUUCAAAUGUUUUAGGAAUAUCAGCGACUGUAAUACUUUUUUUUGAUAGCUAGACGUAAUUAAUAACUUAUUUUUUUCUGUAAUAAUGAAACGCUUGAUCAAUCCGCAUGGGUGCAAGCGGUGAGAGACACGCGUUUCGUUAAUAUGAAAUUUAAUUGUGACUUAUGAAUAAUUUACAAGAAUGUAUCAAUUUAUUAAUGAUAGUAUUGAUUUAAAUAAUUACAAAGGAAGUAUUAAACUGUUUUCUUUAAA